AUGGCGACCCAAAUUGGGUUGUUAUCACCACCAAGAGACUCCUCCCUGGAGGGCCCCGUGAACGGAAAGCAGAGAAGAAAGACAUUGUCGAGGAACUUCACUGCUUGGGCAUUGUUCAAUUUUCAGGCGCUCCAUGUUUAUAUUCUGUUUGAACCACCUCUCAUCAAAAAGCCCCCCAAUGUUCCGCUCCCUGAUCCUGCAACCAAUCCGGAAUGGUAUGGCCAGAUUUGGUUGAAGUAUCCAGGAGACACCAAACUACACACAACACAUUUUCCUUACCAGUUCCAGGCUCAGUGCCAAGUUCGCGUCAUCAUGAACGACAUGUGGAUGGAGCGGUUUGGCUCGUCCCGACAGAGUUCGCCUGAGGGAGGUACCACCAUGCUUCCGUCAACCCAGCUGGAGCAAACCAACGAGUUCUACGCUCGACUUAAGGCAUGGUUUGAUUCCUUGCCUGCCCCUCUAACCCCCCCGAGGAUUGUUUUUCCAAGCCAGAUUCUCCUGCACUCAAACUACCAAAAUACCCUUGCCAAUCUUAACGAGUCUAUUACACCGACGUCCUCUAAUGUAUUAAACACUCUUGGCUUUUACUCUCUGAACAAGGUCUAUGCUAUUGUCUCCCAGAAUCAUGAGAUACACGAAGAGAACAAUAGCGAGCUGAAAGCAACCCAAUCCACGCUCCUGCUGGCAGCCAAAGGCCUCUAUGAGCAAUCGGCUUCAUUUUAUCUCGAUCGCCUCACCCUUCAACUACUCCGCUCCAAGACGCGACCACAGGAAAGAAAUUUGCUUGAGAGCGAGGUACUCUUUUACGACCGUGAUUACGCAGGCUAUCAUCUUCCAGGCAAUCAGCACGACAAAAGAAUCAAAAGCGAAGAAAACAACAAAAAGAAAGACGGCCAGGCCGGUUCCCAAACUGUUAGCAAUCGGGCUGGCGAUAACAAGGAUCAAGGAUCGACCGAGAAAGAACCAAUUCGGGAAGUGAGGAGCAAGUGGGUGGUCACGGUCAGGAGCGUGGACGAUGAUCCUGAGAUUCACAGGCUGCAGAAACUGGUGAAGGAUAAUCUGAAAUUAGAUGAGACUGUCGAGUGGUCUGAUGAGGAUGAGGGAGCGUUUUAUUGA